UAAAUUUGCCGAAACCGAUCAGUAUGUACUCUGCCUGUGAUAUUCUGGUCCAGACCAGCCUUUUUGGUGCUUAACCCUUCGAACACCACCCAACAACUUGUUCCCUGGGCUCAAUUCUCCUGCUUUAGCCUGCCUCAGUAAGGCAUCCCACUGAUCAUUUAAUGACAUUAGUGCAUAAUUACAAAUGAGCUGGGUAGUGAGCUUUGCUUGCCAAGCAAUUUUGUUUUUUUAGGGAGACAGUUAGUUGGGUGGUGUCAUUUGUCCCAUUAGGACAUUGGUUGCAGGUAGGUGUGUUGUUCGAAGGGUAAUGCAUUUUUGUGAAAUCUGAAGUGUUGCAGAAUACAGCCAAACAAUAGUCAGGCACCACAGACACUUUGAGGUAUAAGUACAAGUUUUUCUGCCUGAGGCUGUAGUGUACUGCCGUUGUGCAGUUACUUGCCCUGAAGUUUUCCUUUUUACUUUUCUAUAAUUCCCUUGUGUCUUCUACCUAUAUACCCAAUUACAUGUCUUCUAGACACCCAUGAUGUGCUAAGACAGUAAUGUAUCAGUAGAUUGCUGGUAUCAAACAAGUGUGGAACUCUUAAAAAAGCCACCUGUGGAAAAACAUUGCAAUUUAGAAUGCUUACUAAUUGUACUUGAAUCCAAAGCAUAAUUAGGUGAAAAUGAAUGGCCAAUGAAAGCUUAUAUUUUCUGAUAUGCUGAUAAUAUUUUCCAGCCAUUUUAAUAUUUUUAAACCUAUUGGCCUGUGUGAUCAGAUACAGUCACAAAUUAGGAAGGAGUUUAGUAAGGUCAGAAUGUGUGUUUUAAGCAGGCUGCACACUCACAAAACUACAUCAGUCAGGAUCAGAUUAUGGGAGGGAAUCAGGCAAACAUUUUGCAUGUAGUCCCAGACAGAGGAAUCUUUACAAAAACUGUUGUGUAAAUAUAUUUCUAUUUUAUGAACAUAAAAUAGAGAUAUAUCUAUUGAAGAAUCUGUGUACCAAGAUUCCACAGGCCCAUACUAACUGUCCUUAAUUUCUCUCCUACAGCAGUACUGCUAUGCCAGUCCUGUCUGCACUCUCUUAAGGGUGCAGCAACUCGUCCUGUGUAGGUUAUGGUCAACAGAAAGAAGCGUGUUUAACAGAUAAAUCAAGACAAUAGUUGGAAGUUUUGGCCUGGUGUGAGGCCAGAGGGCCUGUCAGGGGAAACCACCAUGGCUUCACAAAACUUUUUUACAUUUAUGAAUGUGAUAAAUAUAUUUUAAAGCCUCAUAAAGGGAUUUUUUCACAAAUUCAUGCCCUUUCCUCCCAUUUCAAUUUGUUUUAACCAAUUCAUCGUAAUUUUAUUUUAAAGAGGCUAGUUACACACAAAAUGUGCAUUUUCAGUUCUUCAUUUCAGAAUUGAUUAAUCUAUUAAUAUUCCCCAAAGUGUUCAGUGUAUCUGACUGCAACACAUAGUAAUUUCAUUUUAUUAUCCUUCAAUUCUAAGUUGGACCAAUUAGAGGUUUUGACAAGUGUGACAAGAGCAGAACAGGUGGUAUGCUAUUGUGUGUGAGUUCAAACCCUUUUCCAAAGUGUUACUAAUGGUAAAGAGAAAUUUUCUAGGCUUCUUUUCUGCCGGUUGAAGUCUGACUGCAGAGGGACCCUUGGCACUGAAAGUGGGGCAAAACGCCGGACCCCAAGAUGCAGGUCAGGACAUACAUGGAUGUUAUGAAGGAGCAGCAUCUGUCCAAAGAAGAGAGAGAGAUCAGGCUGCAGAUGGUAGAGAAAGCAAAGUCUGGGGAGUUGAAAGCAGUUAACGGCUCUGCUGCGUCUCAGGCUGCCGGAGCCAAACGCAAACGUCGUUGGGACCAGACAUCCGACCAAACUCCCAGCAACUCCACACCCAAAAAAGUGUCCAGCUGGGACCAGGCAGAUGCAGGUGCUGAAACACCAGGACACACACCCGGACACACACCUUCCAACAGUCGUUGGGAUGAAACACCUGGCCGUCCCAAAGGUAGCGAGACUCCUGGAGCCACACCGAGUACCCGUAUGUGGGAGCCCACACCAAGCCACACCCCAGCCGGAGCUACCACGCCGGGUCGAGACACCCCUGGGCAUGCCACUCCCGGCCAUGGAGGGGCGUCCUCCAGUGUGCGCAAGAACCGCUGGGAUGAGACACCAAAAACGGAGAGAGAGACACCUGGUCAUGGCAGCGGCUGGGCUGAGACCCCACGCACAGACAGAGGAGAUGAGUCAGUGGGCGAGACACCCACCCCGGGUGCAAGCAAGAGGAAGUCAAGAUGGGAUGAAACACCAGCCAGUCAAAUGGGCUCAUCAACACCUAUUCUCACCCCUGGAAAGACCCCUCUGGGCACACCUGCUAUGAAUAUGGCUACGCCCACUCCAGGGCACCUGAUGAGCAUGACUCCAGAACAGCUGCAGGCUUGGCGCUGGGAGCGAGAGAUUGACGAGAGGAACCGUCCAUUGACUGAUGAGGAGCUUGAUGCCAUGUUUCCAGAAGGAUACAAAGUAUUGCCCCCACCAGCAGGCUAUGUGCCCAUCCGCACCCCUGCCCGUAAGUUAGCCGCCACCCCUACCCCAAUCGGAGGCAUGACUGGCUUCCACAUGCAAACAGAGGACCGAUCUAUGAAGCAAGUCAACGACCAACCCUCUGGGAACCUGCCCUUCCUCAAGCCAGAUGACAUUCAGUACUUUGACAAACUGUUGGUUGAAGUUGAUGAGUCCACCCUUAGUCCAGAAGAACAGAAGGAACGCAAGAUCAUGAAGCUUCUCCUGAAGAUAAAGAAUGGAACACCUCCCAUGAGAAAGGCUGCUCUUCGUCAAAUCACAGAUAAGGCUAGAGAGUUUGGAGCAGGGCCCCUCUUUAACCAGAUCCUGCCGCUGCUGAUGUCUCCCACACUGGAGGACCAGGAGAGACAUCUUUUGGUGAAGGUCAUCGAUCGCAUCCUCUACAAACUUGAUGACUUGGUUCGACCUUACGUCCACAAGAUUCUUGUGGUGAUUGAGCCCUUGCUGAUUGAUGAAGAUUAUUAUGCUAGAGUAGAGGGUAGAGAGAUCAUCUCCAACUUGGCAAAGGCUGCUGGUCUGGCCACCAUGAUCUCCACCAUGAGGCCUGACAUUGACAACAUGGACGAGUACGUGAGAAACACGACAGCUCGUGCUUUCGCUGUAGUGGCAUCUGCUCUGGGCAUUCCAUCUCUCCUGCCUUUCCUCAAGGCUGUUUGUAAGAGCAAGAAAUCCUGGCAGGCUCGUCACACAGGCAUCAAGAUUGUACAGCAGAUUGCUAUUCUCAUGGGCUGUGCUAUCUUGCCCCAUCUCCGCAGCUUGGUGGAGAUUAUUGAACAUGGUCUUGUGGAUGAGCAGCAGAAAGUGCGAACCAUCAGUGCUUUGGCUAUCGCUGCCCUGGCUGAAGCUGCCACACCGUACGGUAUAGAGUCUUUCGAUUCUGUGCUGAAACCUCUUUGGAAAGGUAUCCGGCAGCACAGAGGCAAGGGUCUUGCUGCUUUCUUGAAAGCUAUUGGAUACUUGAUUCCUCUUAUGGAUGCCGAAUAUGCCAACUACUAUACCAGAGAAGUGAUGCUUAUCCUCAUUCGAGAGUUCCAGUCUCCAGAUGAGGAGAUGAAGAAGAUUGUCCUCAAGGUGGUGAAGCAGUGCUGUGGCACAGAUGGUGUGGAAGCAAAUUACAUUAAAACAGAGAUAUUGCCCCCUUUCUUUAAACAUUUCUGGCAGCACAGAAUGGCAUUGGACAGGCGCAACUACAGACAAUUAGUGGACACUACAGUGGAGCUGGCCAAUAAGGUGGGGGCAGCGGAGAUCAUCUCCCGUAUUGUAGACGACUUGAAGGAUGAAGCAGAGCAGUACAGAAAGAUGGUAAUGGAGACCAUAGAGAAAAUCAUGGGAAAUCUUGGCGCUGCUGACAUUGAUCACAAACUGGAGGAGCAGCUUAUUGAUGGAAUCCUGUAUGCCUUCCAAGAACAGACCACUGAGGACUCUGUGAUGCUGAAUGGCUUUGGUACGGUGGUAAAUGCACUGGGUAAGAGAGUUAAACCGUACUUGCCACAGAUCUGCGGUACAGUGCUGUGGCGUCUCAACAACAAAUCCGCCAAAGUCCGUCAACAGGCGGCUGACCUUAUUUCUCGCACAGCGGUGGUAAUGAAGACAUGCCAAGAGGAAAAGCUGAUGGGACACUUGGGUGUGGUGUUGUAUGAGUAUCUGGGAGAAGAAUACCCUGAAGUGUUGGGUAGCAUCCUUGGUGCCCUGAAAGCCAUUGUUAAUGUCAUCGGUAUGCACAAGAUGACACCACCUAUCAAAGACUUGCUUCCACGUUUGACGCCCAUCCUGAAGAACAGACAUGAGAAGGUGCAGGAGAACUGCAUUGAUCUAGUGGGUAGAAUUGCUGACAGGGGUGCAGAGUACGUAUCUGCCAGGGAAUGGAUGCGAAUCUGUUUUGAAUUGCUGGAGUUGUUGAAAGCCCACAAGAAGGCCAUCCGUAGAGCUACUGUCAACACAUUCGGCUACAUUGCCAAGGCCAUUGGUCCUCACGAUGUGCUGGCCACACUGCUCAACAAUCUGAAGGUACAGGAGCGUCAGAACCGCGUGUGCACGACGGUAGCCAUCGCCAUCGUGGCAGAGACGUGUUCACCUUUCACUGUGCUUCCUGCACUGAUGAACGAGUACCGCGUUCCAGAGCUUAACGUUCAGAAUGGUGUCCUGAAGUCAUUGUCUUUCCUUUUUGAGUACAUCGGUGAAAUGGGCAAAGAUUACAUCUAUGCCGUCACACCUCUGUUGGAGGAUGCUCUGAUGGACAGAGAUCUCGUGCACAGGCAGACAGCCAGUGCUGUGGUGCAGCAUAUGUCUCUUGGUGUAUAUGGCUUUGGCUGUGAGGAUUCCCUUAAUCAUUUGCUCAACUAUGUGUGGCCCAAUGUCUUUGAGACAUCUCCUCAUGUCAUCCAGGCUGUAAUGGGGGCACUUGAGGGUCUGCGGGUGGCAAUUGGACCCUGCCGCAUGCUACAGUAUUGCUUGCAGGGUUUGUUCCACCCUGCUCGCAAAGUCCGUGAUGUGUACUGGAAGAUCUACAACUCCAUCUAUAUCGGUUCCCAGGAUGCACUGAUCGCACAUUAUCCUCUUGUUUAUAAUGAUGAGAAGAACUCAUUUGUUCGCUACGAGUUGGAGUACUUCCUGUGAAUAUUUCUACCCUUACUUGUGCACUCUUCUAUAUCUGUCGUAUUCAUGGUUUAUAGGACUUGGUCCAUUUUUUUUUUUUAAUGUUCUCUGGUAGAUUGCAACUACUAUCACACAUUCUGUGGUCUAAAAUGUAUUUCUUAUUAAAGAACAGGAAAAACUUUGAAAAUAAUCUUUACAUGAAGCUUUUAGGUCUUUGGAUUAGACUUUUCUGUUUUUACAGAGUGGCUCCUUGCACAGUGACAGUUAAAAUAGUAGCAGAUUUGCAGAGGAAUGUGAAAUCUUGGUAAAUCUUUUAAGCUUGAGACUUGUGUCCUGGUCUGUCAAGUUGCUCUUUUGCUCCGUCUCACAGCUGUUCUUAUGUUGCUUAGUUUGGCUGAAUAAACAUUUGUGUAUUAAAAGUUA